GGGGAUAUGGUUAACAUUUGGCAACAAGUGUCAUUUAACAGACGCGACACAAUGGCAAUGUUUACGGCAAUUCUACCGUGGACGUCAACACAGCAAUGGCGGAUGCUGUAGAGGAAGUUCUUGACGGCAGCUGGGACCAGGACCUGUCGGAGGCUCUGGACUCCCCAACCUGUGACCUGGAGUCAGAUGGGGGCCUCAUCCCAACCCAAGACCUGCCCCCUGCAGAGAGAGCCAAGCUAUGGAAGAUCGCCCUGAACGUGGCCGGAAAGGGAGACAGCCUGUCCUCAUGGGAUGGGGCCCUGGACCUGCCAGAACAGACGCUCAUUCACAACCGCAGUCAGCAGCUCAUCGAUCAGCUGAGGCUUCCUGAGGAGGAGAGUAAGGGCCUUGUGUCGGACGUGGAGGCGGUCAUCACCUUCUACUGCAAAUCUCGCAACGUCACCUUCACGCCAGACCUGAGCUGGCCACACCUGCUCAAACCGCUCCUGGGCCUGCAGCUUCCGCGCAGCGACCUCUAUAACUGCUUCUACGCCAUCAUGAAUAAAUACAUCCCACGGGACUGUGUUCCAAAGGGGCGGCCCUUCCACCUGUACCGGUUGCUACUGCAGUACCACGAGCCUGAGCUCUGCUCUUUCCUGGACACCAAGAAGAUCACGCCGGACUCCUACGCCAUCAGCUGGCUGGGUAGCCUCUUCUCCAGUCACUGCAUUCCUGACGUCACCCAGGCCAUGUGGGACAUCUACUUCCAGCAGGCAGACCCCUUCCUCGUCUUCUAUCUCAUGCUCAUCAUCCUCGUUAACGCCAAAGACGGCAUCCUCUCCCAAGAAGGGGACAGCAAAGAGGAGAUCAUUAAAAUGCUGGAGGGCUCGCCAGCUCUCCUUGAGGGGGAGGACCUGGAGGAUCUGUUCUCGCUGGCGCAGUAUUACUACAGCAAGACUCCGCUCUCAUUCAGAAAGGAGAACCAGAACCUGUUUGGCAGCAGCCUGGUGGCUCUAAGGGAAGAGGACAUGGACUUGAGUCAGGCGCUGUGUCUUCCGGUCUCCGUGCCCGAGAUCCUCCAGGCCAAUCAGCUGCAGCCGGAGGGAGUGCGCUUCUUUGUGGUGGACUGUCGUCCUGCCGAGCAGUAUAAUGCUGGACAUCUCUCCACAGCCUUCCAUCUAGACUCAGACUUGAUGCUGCAGAACCCGUCUGAGUUUGCCCUGUCGGUGAAGUCCCUGCUGGAGGCCCAGAAGCAGUCCCUGGAGUCGGGCUCCAUCGCCAGCGGGGAGCACCUGUGCUUCAUGGGCAGCGGGCGCGAGGAGGAGGACAUGUACAUGAACAUGGUGCUCGCCCACUUCCUGCAGAAAAACAAAGAGUAUGUCAGCAUCGCCAAAGGAGGUUUCAUGGCUCUGCAGCAGCACCUAGCAGACAUCAAUGUGGAGGGACCUGACAACGUCUACGUGCACUGGAUAGUCAGCACCUCCGGCUCCCACAACAGCCUCAGCUCCGCUGAUGGCGAGGGCCUGAAUAGCACAGCCGAUGGCAAAGGGGUCAAGUCCCUGGUCAACAAGAUGACCUUUGCCCUCAAAUCCAAGUCUGUUAAUGUGAAGGAGAAGAUGAUCAGCUUCAUCGAGAACACUUCCACACCUGUGGACAGAAUGUCUUUCAGUCUGCCCUGGCCGGAGAAAGGGAUUCCUGAUCGACAUGUCAGUAGUAGUGACCGAGUAGGAAAGCCGUACAGAGGCGUCAAACCAGUGUUCAGCAUCGGAGACGAGGAGGAGUACGACACAGACGAGAUUGACAGCUCGUCGAUGUCAGACGACGACCGUAAGGAGAUAGUGAACAUCCAGACGUGGAUCAAUAAGCCAGAUGUGAAGCACCACGUGCCCUGCAAUGAGGUGAAGGAGACGGGCCACAUGUUCCCCAGUCACUUGCUGAUCACAGCCACGCACAUGUACUGCCUAAGGGAGAUCGCCUCGCGCAAAGGCUUCGCCUACAUCCAGUCAAGGCAAGCCCUGAGCUCCGUGGUCAAGAUCACAUCCAAGAAGAAACAUCCGGAGCUCAUCACAUUCAAGUUUGGCAACAACAACUCCGCAGGGGUGGACAUCGUGGCCGUGGAGAGGUAUCUGAUCCCCAACGCCGGGGACGCCACCAAGGUCAUCAAGCAGCAGAUCAUGAAGGUGUUGGACGCCCUAGAGAGCUCGUAGAGGCAGUGCGCACACACACACACCGCUGGGGUAGCAUCAGCAGAGGGGGGACGCAGCCGCACCUCUGCUACGGGCCACGCAGGGGACCUGCAACUGGACAAAACCACCUUGGCCAAGAGGCGCUAGUCUGUGUCCAUGUGUCUCUCUUUCUCUCUUACUCUCUCACUCUCUCACUCUCUCACUCUCUCACUCACAUUCUCUAUCUCUCUCUCUCUCUCUCUCUCACUCACUCACAUUCUCUAUCUCUAUCUCUCACACACUCUCUUUCUCUCUCUCUCUAUUUCUAUCUCUCACACACACUUUCUCUAUCUCUCUCUCUCUCUCUCUCUCUCUGUCUGACUCUGCCUCCCUUCCAGGACAGUGUAAACCCAGCAGUGUUUAUUCGUACCCCAGCCCCUCCUCACCUCACCCCUCUCUCUCGGCUGCGGGGUGCUGUCCAGGGACGCUGGGACAGACAAGAAUUGUUGGACAGCAGGGGCUGUGGGGGACGAGGCUCUUCUGCUCUGUGUAUGACUAUUAUUAUAACAGAGAGAAAGCUGAACUGACGCAGGCGUUUUUGUUUCAUUGUUUUGUUUUUUUUAUUUCCCUUCUUUCAGCUUUAACGUGCAACUUAAUUGGCGUUGAGUAUGUGGGCAUACAAAAAAAUGAUAAUAAAUUAAAAAAACGCAGUGGUGACGGUCCUUGAGUACCUGAGUAAGUCAGUAGCCUUAACCAACUCACCACUGGUAGACUGACGCACACCCCCUGACUCUUUUGUUACCAGAGAAUCGUCAAGUCAAGGACCGCCUCAGUGUUUCCUCCCCUUGGACGUAUUCAACGCUUCUGUAACCAUAUCAGUAAGACGGCACAGUGUGCCGCACGUCGAUGUAUUUGUUCAAAGCUGGAAUGUUUUGGCCAGGGCUAAAGGAGAGAUUGCAGUAGAGGGUUGAUAGUGGAAUGCUUAUGUUUCCUUUUAUAAUGUAUGGGACAGGCAGUUUUGUAAAGGGUCUGGAGGACCGUAUACAUAUGAUUGCACACCCUCUUUGGUUUUGUGUACACUAAGAUAUUCAAUAUCAUAAACUCUUGUUGUCUUGUUUGAACACUCUCCAUUUAUUUCAUGUAAACAAUCCUCAUGUGAUACCCCUGCCCUUUAUGUUUUGCUCCUGCUGAUAGCCUUAAAUACAAUAGAAAGUGGAAUGAUUUAAGUAUAUUGGUAAAUAAAUAUAUAUAUAUUGUAUAUACUGUAAAACUACCUGGCUAUCCUCACAGAAGGAGGCCUAGGUUCCUGGAGAUGGUGUGUUUCAAAAAAAGUACUGUUGAUGGGAUUAGACAGUGGAACCAGUGAUUUUUUGUUUGAUCAGUUAUGAUGUAAACAAGACUCAACAGGAGGUCAUGUUUCAUGUCCUAUUUAUUAAAUAUUUUCGUAAGUGGACUUCUGACACCAUUUCCCAACUCCUUUCAUGUCAGUUCCUCUCCCCACUGUCUGUCUGUCAACCAUGGAGAUAAAAACCUGUAUAAAAUGUAACUUGAGAGAAAUGCAAAUUGCCUUCGGAAUGAGAAUUUUGCCAUGUAUCAUUCUCACAAGAAAAGCACAUUCUGUGAAGCUGAACAUGUUGACUUGAAAUUUGACCUAAUUUUUGAUCUUUGAUUUCCUUUCACUCUGAAACUUAUUUGCUGCUCUUAUAAAUGGUGACCAAAAUGUACUUUCAGUUUUUGCAGCCCAAUGCAAAAGGCUGUGAAGAAUAGAUACGAUUACUGUAGGAUUACUGUCAUUUGGACUUUUCACCUCUUCACGAUGUGAUACAAAACAGAAAAAGAAAGUGUUUAAAAAUGUUUCCAACGGGAGCACAGCAGUAACUCCAUUGUGUAAAAUUACUUCCUGCAUUGGUUUUCAGUUCAACUUACCUUAUGCUGUUAUUUUUUGUAACCACUUUUAAUAAAUUUACAGCUCAACUCCCAA